AUGCACUUCUCCAAGCUAGCAGCUCUAGCUGCGGCAACGGGCCUCGCCAGCGCGCAGGAAGCCGGGCCACGGCGCUCCCCCGAGUGGGAAGCAGCCUACGCCAAAGCGGAAGCGGCCCUCCCGCGCCUCUCACAGAGCGAAAAGAUCGGUAUCGUCUCGGGCGUCGGCUGGGGCAACGGGCCCUGCGUGGGCAACACCAGCCCGGCGUCGUCCAUCAACUACCCGCAGCUCUGCCUGCAGGACGGUCCACUCGGCGUGCGCUAUGCCGAGAGCGUCACGGCCUUCACUCCAGGGAUCCAGGCCGCGUCGACAUGGGACGUCGAGCUCAUCCGGCAGCGCGGCGCGUACAAGGCGGCCGAGGCGAGGGGCGUCGGCGUGCACGUCAUGCUCGGCCCCGCGUGCGGCGCGCUCGGCAAGAUCCCCGCCGCGGGACGCAACUGGGAAGGCUUCGGGCCGGACCCGUACCUCAUGGGCGUCGCGACGCACGCGACCAUCGAGGGGAUGCAGUCAGCGGGCGUGCAGGCGACGGCGAAGCACUACAUUGUCAACGAGCAGGAGGUCAGCCGAGAGACGAUCAGCAGCAACGUCGACGACCGGACGAUGCACGAGCUGUACCUGUGGCCGUUCGCCGAGGCCGUCAAGGCCAACGUCGCGUCCGUCAUGUGCUCGUACAACAAGGUCAACGGGACGUGGGCGUGCGAGAACGACGCCGUCAUGAACAAGCUGCUCAAGCAGGAGCUCGGGUUCCCUGGGUACGUCAUGACGGACUGGGCCGCGUCCACGGGCACGGCCAGCGGCGCGAACAGCGGGCUCGACAUGAUGAUGCCCGGCAGCGACUUCAACGGCGGCACGGUGCUCUGGGGCCCCCAGCUGCAGAGCGCCGUCGACAACGGCCAGGUCGCACAGUCGAGGGUGGAUGACGCUGUCCGCCGCAUCCUCGCGGCGUGGUACCUCCUCGGCCAGGACCAGGGAUACCCGGCCGUCAACUUCGCGGCCAACGUCCAGGGAAACCACAAGGAGAACGUGCGCGCGGUCGCCCGAGACGGCAUCGUACUGCUCAAGAACGACGGCGCGGUGCUGCCCCUGAAAACGCCGGGCAAGAUCGCCGUCAUCGGGUCCUCGUCCGUCAACAACCCGCAGGGCAUCAACGCGUGCGUUGACCGCGGCUGCAACGUCGGGUCGCUGGGGAUGGGCUGGGGCUCCGGGACGGUUGAGUACCCGUACGUCGUGGCGCCGCUCGACGCCAUCAAGGAGAGGGCGGCGCAGGACGGCACGGAGGUUGCCGCCAGCAGCACUGACGACGCGACCCAGGGCGCCGCCGCGGCCGGCGGAGCGGACGCCGCGUUCGUAUUCAUCACGUCCGACUCGGGCGAGGGGUACAUCACCGUCGACGGGAACCAGGGCGACCGCAACAACCUCGACCCAUGGCACAACGGCAACGAGCUCGUCCGCGCCGUGGCUGCCGCGAACCAGAACGUGGUGGUCGUGGUGCACAGCACCGGGCCCAUCAUCCUCGAGAGCAUUCUGGCGCAGCCCGGCGUCAAGGCCGUCGUGUGGGCGGGUCUGCCGUCGCAGGAGAACGGCAACGCCCUCGUGGACAUCCUCUGGGGCGCCACGAACCCCAACGGAAAGCUGCCCUACACCAUUGGCAAGGCGGCAGGCGACUACGGCACUGCCGUGUCGAGGGGAAGCGAGGACAACUUCUCCGAGGGUCUGUACAUUGACUACCGCCACUUUGACCAGGCCAACAUUGAGCCGCGAUUUGAGUUUGGCUUCGGACUAUCUUACACGAACUACACGUACUCUGGCAUCAGCGUCACCUCGACAGCCUCGUCCGGGCCUGCGGUGGGCGACGUCGUCCCCGGCGGGCGCGCCGACCUCUUCGAAGAGGUGGCCACCGUGACGGCGACGGUGACGAACAGCGGAGCCGUGGACGGAGCCGAGGUUGCGCAGCUCUACGUGACACUGCCGUCCGGCGCGCCGGCGGCACCGCCGAAGCAGCUGCGCGGGUUCCAGAAGCUGAAGCUCGCGGCAGGCGAGUCCGGCACGGCGACGUUCAUCCUCCGGCGCAAGGACCUGAGCUACUGGGACACGCGGAGCCAGAACUGGAUCGUGCCGGCCGGGACGUUUGGCGUCAAGGUCGCGGCGUCGAGCAGAGACAUCCGGCUGGAGGACACCUUGGUUGUGUCGUAG